GUUACCCAAAAGUGUUACAUUGUUACUGGACGCUAAAACCACGGCGUCACCUCAGUCCUCUUUCCGCAGAGGUCUACUGGAGCUGCGCACACUUCUGUAAGGAGCCCGGAAGGGGGCGGAGGUUGGGGGGGGGGCAUUAAGAGGGAAAGUUAUGUUCACUGCCUCUCAUACCCGAGUGUCAGCAGAUGUCUGUCCCUCCCCCAAGUUAACAUUAGGCCUAUUACAGACUUUUACUAGAGCACAGGCGGUCUAUUGUGCACAUUAUGUGCAAUUACUGGAGUCCACAAAGCACAGAAUGUGGUAUUUAUAGGUCAUUUGUUACAGUGUGUCACUUUGUAUUGCGUUUUUGCAAAAAGAACCCAACAACAAAAAGAAACAGAGAACCCAACUGCUGACAGAUCUCGCGAUAUCUCCCUCUAGCAACUGGAAUGUUUACCCUGGAUACCACAACUCUGCUAGAUCCAAGUCGAGAUUACUAUUCCCAUGCAGUCUCUGGAUGGAACCCAGCUCUGGAGCCCCGGCCAGUCCCUGUGGAGCCUGAUCACUGAACAUGUUCCUGGGUCAGAUCUGCCGAAGAUCCACACGGCACUGGGCUCCUCUCUGGUUGACGUGUACUCAGAGGUGCACACUGAGGCAGAGAUGUGGCAUAAGAUGUGGCAAGAGAGCCAGCAAGGAAACAGCAGCAGCAGCAGAGCAGGGACCCCGCUCCCACGUCAGCGGGCCUCCCCUCUGGCCGACCCCCCCGCAGUCAAAGAGCUGGUGAGAGCCGAGGUCAAGAUGCUACUGCAGACUCUCAGAGAGAGAGUCAGCAGGGAGGGACGAGUUGCUGAGGAGCUCUUGUUUCGGUACAAACCUGAGACGGUGGACUAUGCCCUGAGUCACCUUGACAGCUGUUACAGAAACUGUACCAACCCUGGAGAUACUGACAAUGGAAGCAGGCCGAGCUCUCGCUGUUCUAUCCAGUCCACCGCUGAAGAUGAGAUCGAGGCAAUGAGAGACAAGCUGAAUGUCUCUGACAUUGACCAGGUGGUGGACCACCUCAGGUCUUUCCUAAUGGAAGAAUGUGAAGCAUUGAACAGGCUGGUGAAGCAUUUUAAGGGAAAUAUUAAACAAAAGUGGCCAGAUGAAGUUGAUAAAUCAGAACCUUCGCUUGCAGAGUUGAGAGAGCUGAGAGGAGAUAUACAAAUGGACUUGCAGCUCUACCCCUCGUCGCUUGCUGCUUCACCGACAGCUUCUUCCCCUUUCCCUUUGAAGGAAUUGAAAAACAGGUUCAAACUGUCAGCAGGGCAAAAGGUUUCUAAUGAGACUCUGCGAGCGUUAAGCAGUACAUCAGCCUUCAGGCCACAUCCACCUCCUCCUCUGAGCCAUCCUAAACCCAGGCCACCGCCGACAGCUCCUCCUAGCAAGGCCUCUGCAUCAGCUAAAGUAAUAAAUAGUUCUUCACUGUCGAGGAUUCAUGGACAGCAUAGAAGCACAUCAGCCUCCACUGAACCUAGGAAAACACAAGCACCUAUCUGCAACAGGAUCACCACUUCUGUCCUUGCAAACCGCCACUUCACCACUUCACUUACAGGGCCUGACAGCGACACUAUGACAGUUAAAACCGUUCACUGCUGCAGUUUUUCUCCAGAGUAUGACAGUCCCGCUCUCCGCUGCAGGACCCCGACUUCUUAUCCAAGUUUUCAAGUGAAAACGCCAAGAAACUCACCCAUCCACGAAACCCAUCUGUCAUCUCAUCGCAGUAUUCGUGGCUCGAGCAGAGAGUGUGAUUUGUCGCAGAUGGAGAGAGCAGGCAGCCCUCUCUGGAGGUCACGAAACGUCAAUACUGUCCCAGCAUUCCCUCACUGUGAUGCAGGCAGUUACAGCAGCAAUAGAAUGGACCAUUCUGUGUCAAAGGCUGGGAAAUCAAAGACACAAAAUGGGCGACAGAAUGGUACAUGUGGAAGUAGUUUAGUGUCAACAACAGUGCAGACAGAUCAUGACAGAAGUAAGAGUUCUUCUGAGAGUUUUCAGUCAGAAACGAGAAGCUCUCCUGCACAAACAGGAAGUAGGGAGAGCGUCACUGGAAUUGAUAGAAAUAAAAAUGGUCAUCUUGGGAAGGAGGUAACCCGUCAGCAAAGCCUAGUAGGCACAUGCACCCAUCCAGCACCUGUAAUGAUAAAUAGACAGUUCUUUACUUCCACCAAAAGACCACUUGAGAGCAUCACAAGUCAGGCAAAAGGUGUCCAAGAGACAGAGCUGGAGUUAAUCAGCAAGUUGUAUCAGCCAGUCCCUCCAGCAAGGGUGUCAACUUAAAGUCAGCCACAGACCAGACAGCUGGGGCUGAAGAUAGUCUGGUAGGUCUGUUGCAGGAUAAAUGCAAUGGGUCUCUUGUUUUGUCUGUUAUGAGAUUUCACACAAUUAAACAUAAUAUAUACUUGACGUAUUUUUCUUUCUGAAAGACAUCAAAGAAUCACCAUUAUAUUUUAGAAAAUGAUCACUAGACAGUCACAUGAUCUUUUGUUUUACUCUGGAAUCAUUUCACAGCUGUGUCUGGUCCUCACGUUUUUGACCCCCAUAAAGCAUGAAUAAAGAUGAACUUGGAACACUCAUCGAUAUUCAGACAAGGAAUGUGAAUGCUUGUAAUUUUGGAGAGUCUAACAAUUUGAUUGAAAAAUGUAUGUUAACCCAGGGAACAGCCUGUGCAGCCCUGCUUUCUGUGUUAUAACUACUGAAGGACGUUUUAACUGAGCAUUAGAAAAUGACAGUGUAUAAAUA